CAAAAUUUCAUGGAAUCUAUUGAGGUAUCCCAGGAGCAGAACUAUAAAGCUUGUGUUGAAAGUGAAGCUGAUCAGUUUAUGUGCGCUCAUUUGGUCCAGACUGUCCAAAGAAUAGAGAAUAUUGAAGAGCUGGAAAUUGAGUCUAGGCUAGGAUACAUCAAACCUCUUCUCAAGAAUCCAAGAGCACCUGAAGGAAUGAUUUUCAAUUUUAAACAUGGAGUUGUUCUUCCUCCUGCUAAAUGGGGAGGAAAGACUAUAUACGUGUUCACUCCAGGUAUCUUUCCACAUCACUACAAGAACGUUUUGAGCGUCUUUCAAGAGUUAGCGAAGGCAAAAGAGGAAGAAAAGCUUGAUGAAAAUACACUUUCUGAUAAGGCAAAGAUUCUUAACAAAAUCAACGAAGACGAUAUCUUUGAGGACCUUGGCCCUCAUAAAUUCACAAACGAGACAUAUGAAAAUAAGAUUAGAAUCAGCAAAGACGCUGAAGGGAAUAUAAUGAAGGAUAAAACCAUGAAGAAAACCCAAUUGGACGUUCUGAACUACUUCAACCAAGGAUACGAUUUCAGAAUUUCUGUAAAGAAAGAGGAAUCCAAGAAUGACGAAGUGAAGGAGGAAGGAAAGGAGACUGAGCCAGACACAGAACCAGAGUCUGCAGUCUCCUCUUCUAAACUUCAGAUGACUCGUGAGAAGAUAGGAAGAUCUUUUAAGACCUCGUAUCUCCAGUUUGAUUUCAAUAAGAUUACUGAGACUUCUAAGUAUACAGCUAAGAAGCCAUCAAAUCAGAUAAAGCCGAAAUAUGAGCUAGAAGUUGAGCUGACAGGUCUGACAAAAGUGGCAGGAGAUGUGGAAAAGUUAUCAAAAGAGAUCAGAAAACUGAUUAGAUUUACUAAAUAUUUGUAUUAUUUGUAA